AUGAGACAGAUUAAAAAAAUUAACAGAAACUUUCCUGUAAACCAGCAGAUAGUCUACAUGGGCUGGUGUGAAGUACGGGAGCAGGAUCCCCUUCAAGAUCGCACAUAUUCCCCAACUUUUCUUGCCCUCAGGGGUUCCUGUCUUUACAAGUUUCUGGCACCUCCAGUGACCACCUGGGAUUGGACCCGAGCAGAGAAAACAUUCUCAGUUUAUGAGAUUAUGUGCAAGAUUCUCAAGGACAGUGACCUUCUGGACCGGCGGAAACAUUGCUUCACCGUGCAAUCUGAGUCUGGGGAGGACCUUUACUUCUCUGUGGAGUUAGAAUCUGACCUCGCCCAGUGGGAAAGAGCCUUCCAAACAGCAACCUUUCUAGAAGUAGAACGGAUACAGUGCAAGACAUAUGCAUGUGUGCUAGAAAGUCAUCUAAUGGGACUCACGAUUGACUUCAGCACAGGAUUUAUCUGCUUUGAUGCUGCAACAAAGGAGCUGGAAUUUUCAAAUCUAUUUGCUGUUCUUCACUGCAUUCAUUCAUUCUUUGCUGCCAAAGUAGCUUGUUUGGACCCUCUGUUUUUAGGCAGUCAGGCGACUGCUUCUGCUUCUGCCAGCUCUGCUACGACAAGCAAAGCUAAGUAUACAACUUGACACACUGAGCUCUUCAUUCACACCUACUGGGGCUGUAUAAACAGAAUGAACACGUUCAACAUUUUAGAUCCUGGAGAAACCACAAUAUCUCCAAGUCAAGAGUGGAGUCAAAUUAAAAUUUCAGCAGAAAAAAGACAAUCAUGAUGCAUCUCAAAAACAUUUUCAUUUUGGAAGGCAUCUGUGAAUAAUCUUGAAUGAACAGAACCGCUUGUUCUUACUUGGUUGACUUGUACCAGUAUACUGCGUUCACCAAAAGUGAAGACAAAAGAAUGAAUGGUUUGAAGUAUGUAAAUAAUAUAAAAAUUGUAAGCUAUCUAUAAAUAAAAAUACCAAUUAAAUGGUUAUUUCUGUAUUUUAGAUUAUUUUGUAUGACAAAUACAUGUUGGACCAGCUUAUGCAUUAAUCCCCUAUCAUUGUAUUAUCAGUGACAUGAAAGAGGCAAAAAAUAUAUGACAUCAAGGAGCAUGAGCAGAAAAUCUCAUCAAAGAAGGAGCACUUUAAUUUGCUGAUGUACAUUUUCCUUGUAUUCCCAUUCUAUGAUUGGACACUGGCACUACAAUUUUGUUUAUCUUAUUGUGAAAUAUUCCUAAGUAUUGCAAAGGAAAAUUGCAUUGACCUAAGAUAGGAAAAAUGUGAAAUGGACUAUCUCUCCCUUUGAUCACUGUUACUAUGAUGUCUUAUUAGCUUCCAAUGUCAACCAAAUAUGCCAAAAAUGUGUUAAUUAUGAAUGAUGGAAACAUUCAUAAACCUCUUAUUCCUUACUUAAUGUUUAAAAGAUUUAUAUUUUACUUAAUGGGAUUUAUUAUCAAAUUAAAGUUUCAUAAAUUUUCAGUGACCCAGAAGACCUUUGUAGAUAAAUAAUAUCAACAAAUAUGGUGUAAGAAACAAUUCUUUGUAAUCCUAAUUCUACCAGUGAGUCAUGAACUGAAGUGUCCCUAGAAAGCGAUAUCAAAGCAGUUGUCUAUAUUAGCUAAAUCACUCUUUUCCAUUUUAAUGACAUUGUAUGAGAAAAUAAGGCAAGAUUUGAAAAUAAAAGUUAAAAUCUGUGUCUUA